AUGCCAAAUUGGACGAAAUAUCCAACAAAAUCGACGAGCUCAGCCAGAGGCCAGGAGGAGUCCUGCUCGCCCCCUUUGUUCGGACCAACGCCAUCAACUCCCUCACUCAGCUCUACGCCACACCAAGGCACCCUGCCGUACAAUCCUACCAGCGCAGGUGUUCAUGAAGUGCAUGACAGCUCUUCUGAAGCAGAGUAUGAGGGCGAAUCGUUGCUUUUCGCUCACGCCGUCUUCGCUAGUCGUUUUCUGCAGAAUGCCAUUGACAGUACGACUAACCCCGAGCUCGCGCAGGAGAUGCAAGCCGCCCUGGACGGCCUCAAGACUGCCGUUCAUUCUGGGAACCAACAGUCCCAUACGCUCGGUACCCUCUAUCCUCAUGCUAAGGCGAUCCCAUCCGGCUCGACGACCCGCAACCUCCCUCUACCAUCUAUGGACAAGGUGUUCAUGUGCUUGCGUAUGGCCAGAGAAUGCCCGCAAGUGGCCACGCUAUGGUUGGGGGACUAUAUUAGACCCAGCCAGUUCAACGACUAUUUUAUCAAGAUCGCAUCGCCUGGUUCCGCUACUGAAGCCGACAUGAUCAUCGUUCAUUGCGGUCUUUACUGGCUGUUUUGCGAAUGCUCCAAAGCCGUCCCCGACGAAGACACGAAGCGAGAUUACGACGCGCAGGCUUUCCUAUGCGCAGCGAACCUCGAGACGGUCCUUGCAAACCUUCGCUUUCAUCAGCCGACAGAUCUAGACUUCGCAUAUGCGAUGGGCAUGGCGGUAAGCACUUUGCUGGCUUCUUGUAAGACUCCAUCCAAGGGCUCCAUUCCCACUGACCGCUCUUGGCUUGCAACAUGA